AUGGCUAAAGUGGACAGUUGCCUAUUUAAAUUUCGUUAUUUUCUUUACACAAAGACACGUAUGGGCUAUUUUUAUCAUCGCAGAGAGAUCACCAAAUCUACACUAGAACACCCAGAUGGACAUUCUAAAUGUCAUCCUACAGAUUUUGUGGGUCUUAAAAUCAUUCCAGUUCCAAUGCUUAAAGACAAUUAUGCCUACAUUAUAAUUGAAACAAGAAGUCGAAAAACUGUUGUUAUUGAUCCUGGAGAUGCUCAUGCUGUACAGGAAACACUAAAAAAGGCGAAUGUAACCCCAUCAGCUGUGCUUACAACACAUAAACACUGGGAUCACAGUGGUGGGAAUGGCCAAAUGAAAAGAAUGUAUCCUGAUAUUAAAAUAUAUGGCGGUAAUCUUGAUAGAGUCCCUGAUGUUACAAACACCUUGAAGGAUGGUGAUUGUUUAGAGAUUGGCCCCCUCUGCUUCAAAGUAAUAUUUACACCUGGUCAUACAGUUGGCCACUUGACCUACCUGCUUGAGGGCAGUCCAUUUGGAGCUCCCGAUUCACUCUUUUCUGGAGAUCAUCUAUUUUUAUCAGGUUGUGGUCGAAUAUUUGAAUGUUCUCCCAGUGUAAUGCUUAAUUCAUUAGAAGCACUUCAUCGAUUACCUGAUGAUACUCUUGUGUGGCCAGGUCAUGAAUAUGCAGUUCAAAACCUGGAAUUCUCUGUAUACUUGGACCCAGAAAAUGAAAUUACACGUCAAAAGCAUCUUUGGGCCAUGAAACAACGAAGGAAAAUGCUCCCUACUUGCCCCUCAAGUCUUCGUGAAGAGAAGCUGUACAAUCCAUUUCUGCGCCUUACUGAUGAAGUAAUCCUCAAGUCCUUAGAAUUGGAUGGCUGUGAAGAGGAUAUUGAAUUGCUGAAAGUGAAAUCCUUGACAGAGCUCCGUGAACGCAAGGAACACUACAAAUAUGACAAGAUAUGA